AUGGGGAUGAGUGGACAUGAGGGGAACUUGGGGAAGCAAGAGAGCAGUACAUACCUGGUAGCUCCUAGCAGGAGCCAGGAGGUGGUUGACAUAUAUAUUGGACUUGGAGAGGGGCUGGAAUAUCUCAACAUCCAAACCUCCAUCAAUACAAAGCAUAGUUCUGAACAAUUCUCUUUCAAACUGAGCUCCAGCUACAACACACUGAAUUCCCAUGGUGGUUACUACACGUCACUACUAAGCCAGGAUGUUGCAGAUGAUUUUGUCUCAGAUGAUUAUGUGCUAGUUGAUAACGAAGCUGUACAAUCACCGGUGCUGCAUGAAAUGAGCUCACAAGUGACUAAAAGGUGCCGAUCCAAAAAUUUCAGUGAAGAGGAGGACACACUAUUAGUUUCAGCGUAUCUUAAUGUGAGUAAAGAUCCUAUUACUGGAAGAGAUCAAAAAGAUGGCACAUUUUGGGAAAGAGUAUGCAAAUACUUUCACAAGAAUAGGACAUUUGAGUCGGAUCGUAAUUGGUCGUCUUUGAAGCAUCGUUGGGGUAUAAUUCAGAAGGAAGUGAACAUUUUUCAACAAUACUAUGACGCCAUAGAAAGAAAAAAUGAAAGUGGAAAAACUAGUGAUGACAAGCUUGCUGAAGCGAAAGCGAAAUUUCGGGAAGACCAUCAAGGGAAGGCAUUUUCUGUCUUCCAUGCGUGGAUUAUUCUUAGGCAUGAGCCAAAGUGGACUUUCAGAGAUUCAAAGCUGAAAGACCUCCAUGAGGCAAACUGUAAUGGUCCUGUCAAUGCUGACAGACCACUAGGGAGGAAAGCAGAGAAGGAAAAAGCACGAGCGAGAAAGCACGAUGGCUGCGAUGCUGAUGGCGAUUUUUUCUUUGAAGAAGUUAAAAAGAUGAGGGAAGCAAGGGAAGAAUCAGAGAAAGACCGGAAGGCCCGUGAUGAUAAGUUCUAUGAGCUUGAGAUGACCAAGGUUCAAUUGGAGCAAAAUCGGCAGGACAAAGAAAUUAUGCUAACAGACACAAGCACAAUGGACGAUGACUCUAAACUAUACUUCAAGAUGAUGAAACAAGAGAUUUUGGCUCGGCGUUUCGGGAGUAGUUAGGCAACAGUGCUUCAUUAUUCAGUCAAAUAAAAACAUUUAGUUCAGGCUGCUGUCGUUCAGGCUUCAUUAUUCAGUCAAAUAAAAACCUUUAGUUCAGGAUCAUUAUUCAGUCAAAUAAAAACCUUUAGUUGAGGCUGCUGUCGUUCAGGCUUCAUUAUUCAGUCAAAUAAAACCUUUAGUUCAGGAUCAUUAUUCAGUCAAAUAAUGGCAGCAUGAUUCAGUUUUCUUCUGUCGUUCAGGCUGCUGCCUUCAAGUUCAGUACUG